AUGCCGACAGUGAGGCGGUAUUGCUCUCAGCAGCCGGCGGGUGCCUCCAUCAGAGGGUGUCUGUUGUUGCCUCCCCCGCUGGGGAGUACGGUGCCUCCCCCGAUGGCGAGUCCUCCCCCGUCGUCAAACUCCCCCACUCCGUCGACUAACUCUACCUCUCCUCCACCGGCGUCUCCCAAGGGGAGGUUGCCGCCGUGGAAGCUGGCGCUGAUAGUGGGGAUUGGGAUUGGGGGGCUCAUUGUCUUGGUUGGGGUGUGCAUAUUUGUGAUUUUUUAUCGAAGGAAGAGGAGGCGGCUUGAGUUGGGGAGCCACCCUCCACAGAGGCCUAACGGUGAGAUUUUUAUGCUUGAAUGCGAUUACCAAUGUCCGACUCCUUCUGAGCCAUUCUCGAUAACAAAAAUGUGUUUAGUAAGACAUUUUGCCGUAACAUCUCCAGGCAUGGCAUUAGGCUUUUCCCAGAACAAAUUCACGUACAAAGAGAUAAACAUUGCAACAGAUGAUUUCUCCAAUCUCAACUUACUUGGCCAAGGUGGCUUUGGCCACGUUCAUAGAGGAGUGCUUUCUUGCGGGAAAGUAGUUGCAAUCAAACAGUUAAAAGCUGGAAGCAGUCAAGGGGAGAGGGAAUUUCAAGCAGAGAUCGAGAUCAUCAGUCGCAUCCAUCACAGACACCUUGUUUCUCUCAUUGGUUACUGCAUUUCUGGUGCUCAUAGAAUUCUGGUAUCUGAGUUUGUUCCAAAUAGCACGUUGGAAUUUCAUUUGCACGGUGAAAAGGAUCAACCAACUAUGACUUGGCCUAUAAGGAUGAAAAUUGCUAUAGGUUCUGCAAAAGGGUUGGCGUAUCUGCAUGAAGAAUGUAAUCCCAGAAUCAUUCACCGUGACAUCAAGGCUGCUAAUAUUCUUUUGGAAUCCAAUUUUGAGGCAAAGGUUGCAGAUUUUGGACUUGUAAAGUUUGCUUCUGAUGCAAAUACUCAUGUAUCUACUCAAGUAAUGGGAACUUUUGGCUACCUGGCUCCAGAGUAUGCCUCAAGUGGGUAUCUCACUGAGAAAUCAGAUGUCUUUUCUUUUGGCGUAGUGCUUCUAGAGUUGAUAACUGGGCGACGUCCAGUGAACAGAACUCAAACCUUUGAUGAGGAUAGCCUCGUUGAUUGGGCAAGGCCUUUGCUCACACAAGCGUUAGAAGGUGACAAAUUUGAUGCUAUUGUUGAUCCAAAAUUGAACAAGGACUACGCUACCGAGGAAUUGACUUGGAUGAUCGCUUGUGCUGCUGCUUGUGUUCGCCAUUCUGCACGACACCGCCCGCCAAUGACACAGGUAGUUCGAGCAUUGGAAGGAAACCUUUCUUUGAGCGAUUUAAAAGAAGGAAUUAUGCCGGGACAUAGCAGAGUAUAUAAUCGUUGUGAGAGCUCAGAGUAUGACACAAACCAAGACCAGGAGGAUUCAAUGAUAUUCAAGAUGAGGGCCCUAGAAAGUCAAGAACAAGCCACAAGCGAGUUCAGUUGCCCCUAUAGCGAGGAUGACCUUCAACCAUACAACUCAAGUAGUGGGGGUCAACAGACCCCUCAAGAGAUGGACAUGGGGAAAAUGGCAGAGGACGGUCGUCAUGCUAGUGAAGGCACUUUAUAUUAA